UAACUUAGGCACAUGCAACAACUGGAUACGGAUACGCUUUUCAAGCUCUGAACAGCCGCCGACCCACGACCCUCGAAGAACCCACCCACAAGUCAAGAUGCACCUGUAUCUGGUGCUGAUCUCGUGCCUGGUGAGCUCCUCGCACUGCUGGCAAUUCGACGGCGGCGGAGGUGGAGGUGGAGGCGGUGGUCAUCGGCGGACCAGGAACACGGGAAGGAAUCCUCCACCGUCGGCCAGGGGAUCUGCCGCCUUGCUGGGCUCCCAGCAGCAGGACAUCCUCUACGCCUGUCCACUCAACUCCAUGUGCCAGUGCGCCGGUUUGCCCAACGAGACAAGCACCCUGAUUGAGAUUAAUUGCAACGAGGUGGCCCUGUACAAGUUUCCAGAGUUCAUGCACAGCAGUGUGCGCUACAUCGAAAUGUCCAACACACAUCUGCAAAGUGUCGACGAUGAGACCUUCCAGGGACUGCGUCUCAAGACACUGAAGCUAAUCGACAACGAACUGCAGGAUAUAUCCGAGCGAAGCUUCAGCACGAUGACACACUCGCUGAUGACUCUGGAUAUAUCUGGCAACAAAAUGCAGCACUUACCACUGGAUGCUUUGCAGCGGUUGCACUCCCUCUCGCGACUGGUGGCGCAAAGAAAUCACAUAACCACCUUGGAUGGCAAUUGGGAUGCCCAGCAUGAUACCCUGCGAUCUCUGCAUUUAUCCGAUAAUGAUAUUACGGAAGUGGCGCUAGGAGGUGGAUCUCUGGAGGUGAUCUCCCAGAAUGACAGCAGUUCCCAGCCCUCCAGCUUGGCCGCCGUGCAGACGAGAUUGGAGACGAGUAACUCCCUGUAUCCACCAUCACCCAGUUCCGCGGAUCGAACUUCGGGUGGUCGUCCCUUUGAGCAGCUGCAAAAACUCCUCUGGCUGGACUUGUCCAACAAUCGUAUCUACCAUGUGGCAGGGAACUACUUACCUCGCUCCCUGGUGACCAUGGAUUUGUCCAGUAAUCUGCUCACCGUUUUCCCCCAGCAACUUUUUGAACAACUUCCCGAGUUGAGGAUCGUGAGUUUGAGGGACAAUCUAAUACGAAGUGUUCAGUGGAAGGAACUGCAAGUGAGGCCGCUGCGAAUGCAUUUAGAACGCCUUGAUCUUGGCCAGAAUUGCAUUGAGAGCCUGGAAUCGGACUAUUUCCAGCAGAACUACUCGGAUGUCCAUCUGAGGGCCUUGAAUCUGGAGCAGAACUUUGUGACCCAACUGCCGGACGCGGUGUUCAAGGCCACUGGGAUAGCCCAUCUGGUAUUGGCCUUCAAUGCUAUUAGUCGGGUUCAUCCUGCGGCCUUUGAGGGUCUGACUGAAACGCUGGAGUAUCUGGAUCUGGAGAGGAACCGACUGACCACGGUUCCCGUCGCCUUAUCCUCCCUGCAUCGCUUGAAGUACCUAUACCUCACCUCAAAUCAGAUCAGUCAGCUGGGAAAUCUUCCCUCGUUCACUGAGAAUCUACGUGUGCUCAGCUUGAGUGGGAACAACUUUACCAUGAUUCCCGUUUUGGGUCUGAAGAACUACACACAGCUGUCCUACUUAAACAUGGGUUAUAAUUCCAUAGGGGAUAUUCCCGAGGGCAUCUUUGCCGUGGAUUCCUGGGGCAGCAAUUUACAGACUAUACUUCUCCGAAACAACAAGAUAACCCAUCUGCACCUCGGUUCCUUUGCGGGACUGGAGCAAAUACAGGAGAUUAGUUUGAGCUUCAACGAUAUUACCAUUCACCAUCCGCUGGUCUUUGAAAAUGUCUCAAGAACCCUUAAGAUUCUGGAACUAUCAUUUGCGGUUUUCCCGGCCAGAAGUAUGGAGAGUCUGGACCCCUUGGAUGCCCUGCUACCGCUCUCCCAGCUCAUUUGGCUGGGACUGGACAAUAAUAACCUGAAGCAGGUCUCCAACGAAUCCUUCGCCCAGAUGAGGGAGCUGAGCUACAUUAAUCUGAGCUUCAAUCAGCUGAAGACACUGCCCCGCGGACUCUUUCAGUCCGAUGUUCAUAGUCAUUUGGUGGAAAUUGAUUUGUCCUACAAUGGAUUGGAGCGUCUGGAGGCGCAGACAUUCCACAGCCUCGGGGAUCUGCAGACACUCAACCUGCAAUCGAAUCGCCUGAGGACCAUUGCCCGUCAGGCCUUCCACAAUCUGGAGUUCCUACGCUACUUGGAUUUGUCGCAUAAUCGUCUGGUUAAUAUAUCUCACGGGGCCUUUACUGUUCUGCCCAACUUGGCUGCCUUGGAUCUGAUGCACAAUCAGCUGUGCUCGUUGUCCUUAAAGUCCUUCCUGUAUGUUUCUAAUACCACAACACCACUGCGUCUGAAUGUGAGUCACAAUCACAUAGCUAGUUUCUUCGACGAACUGAGCAGCUACAUGUACAUCUACCAGCUGGACAUUAGUCACAAUCAUGUCUCCAAGUCGGAUAGCUUUACGAACUUGGCCAACACCCUGCGGUUCCUUAACUUGGCUUAUAAUCAGCUGGGUUCCCUGCAAAGUCAUGCCUUUGGGGAUUUGGAGUUUCUCGAGAUCUUGAACGUAGCCCAUAAUAAUUUAACCUCGCUGAGGCGACGCAGUUUUCAGGGCCUGAAUAGCCUGCAGGAAUUGGAUUUGAGUCACAAUCAGCUGGAGCAACUGCAAGUGGAGCAGUUUUCCAACCUCAGGAAACUCCGGAUUCUUCGCAUUAAUUCAAACAGGUUAAGAGCUCUUCCUAGAGAGGUUUUUAUGAACACCCGACUGGAAUUCCUCGACAUCGCGGACAAUCAACUGAGUGUCUGGCCGGUGCCCGCUUUCACCGACAUCGGCUUCACCCUGCGCUCCAUUCAGAUGUCGCACAACAAUCUCGAAUAUUUGGACGCCUCGAUGUUCAUCAACUCGCAGUUUCUGUACGACAUCAGUUUGGCCAGGAAUCGCAUCACCAUACUGCCGGACAACACGUUCAGUUUCCUGAACAAUCUGACCAACUUGGAUCUCUCGCAGAAUCCUCUAGUGACGACCAACCUGCGGGAGGUGUUUGUCCACACACCGCGCCUGCGGCAGUUGAGCCUCCACCAUAUGGGCCUGUAUGUCCUGCCACCGCUGAAGCUGCCCCUGCUCUCCUACCUCGAUGUGAGUGGCAACUAUCUGCAGGAGCUGUCGCCACUGGGUUCGCUGCGCCACCUGCGUCACGUCAAUGUCUCGCACAACAAACUCACGAAUGCCAGUUGUGCAGCGGAGCAUUUGCCUCCCUCUGUAAGAGUUUUGGAUCUGGCCCACAAUCCACUGAGGAGAAUUACCCUACACGAUCUGGCCAGUUUGCGGCAUCUGGCGGAGCUGAAUAUCCUGGAUGUAAAGGUGGCCAAUCCGCAGGCCUUUUCCAAGCUGCGUUCGCUGAGGAAACUGCAUGCCAGUUCGCAUGCCAAUCUGGGUGAGAUUGUGGCCAGGAUGCCGGGAUUGCAGCAGCUGAGGGUUCACUGUUUGGAGCCCAACAUCAACCAGCAAUUGUUUGCUAAGUUAGCUAAUAAUACGAAAAUCCGGCUACUCGAGCUUUAUGGCAGCAAUGUCCAGACCAUAGCACCCGAUGUGUUCAGUGGUCUUUCGCGCAGUCAGCGACUGCAGGUGCAGAUUUCGCACACCAGGAUCUCGGAUCUUCCGCCGGGGAUCUUCUAUGCAUUGCGAGAGGUGCCCCACCUGUCCAUCGAUAUCUCGCACAAUCGCAUCAACGCCUUGGCCGCCGAUAGCUUUUAUCCGAACAAGAGCUACUGGGAUGCCGUGGGCACGAGGAGCAUCAUGGGCGGUCUGAUCACCUCGCACAAUCCGCUGGAAUGCGAGUGUGGGCUGGUGUGGUUCGGCCACUGGCUGCGGCGCUGGCUGAGGGAGUCCGCCCAGAUCAAGGUCAUCCAGAAGGACGACCUCAAGCGCAUGGUUCAGCGAGCCCGUGCCAAUACCUGCCACGAUCCCACUUCGGGUCGUCACCUGCCCAUCCUGGAGAUCUUUCCCGAGGAUCUGCUGUGCCAGGCGAGCGCGCUGAGCAGUUCGGGCCAACGAAUAUUCCUGUUAUCCUUCGCAAUGGCCCUGCUGAUACCUAUUGUGAUGACCACCAUGACUCUCUGAUGUUGGCUUUAGUUGCCGGCGAAGU